CGACCAAGACGACGAUCACCGACUCAGCUUGCUUGCCUUCGCCGGUCAAGAUAUGGCGGUGGUCGCUGUACUCGCCGUGCUGGCUCAGCUUCCCCCGCAAAUACCCACUCAACCCAAGACCCACCACUGGCUGACUCCCGCAGCGGGCCAGUCGGGAGGCGUGUGCCGAGCGACCGGCACUUUUAAAGAACAUGGUGACAUCAUUGAGAUCAAAGAGUGGGGGCGCGGCGACCCGCUCGGCACGGAGGAGACGUGCGCGACCAAGUGCGGCAGAUCGUCGCGGUGUAAAGGGUACGAGUUCUACAGCGUGCCCAAGUCCUUCUCGCGGUGCGAGAUGCAUGCCAAAAAGCCGACGCAUAUCGCCCUCCGUGAGGGCGCUACGUGCAAGGUCAAGGGCGCCCCGAUGCCGGGAUUCGUGCCGCUUCCGCCGUUGGCGGAUCUUGGACCGUGCCUCAAGGCCAACCUGCGCGAGGCGCACCUGCCGGGCGAUCCGGAGUUCAGAGCCGCCAACAAGUGCCGCAACCGGCGGGGCGACAUCAGCAACCCGGAUCCGGUGGCCGUCGCCCGCGUGCACUCGGUGUCAGAGGUGGAGGCGGCGGUCCAGUGCGUCGUCGCCGCAGGGAUAGACGCGUGCGCGCGAGCCGGCGCGCACGGGUUCGAGAACGACGCCUGCUGCUCCGGAGGCGUCAUCAUCGACGUCCGCGACUUGAACGCCCUCGAGUACGACCCCGCCACCGGCCUGGCGACGGCGGGCGCUGGGCACACCUGGGGCCAGCUCUACUACAAGCUCUCCCAGCACGGCCGCGUCGUCCCGGGCGGCACCGAGGGCGGCGUCGGCGUGGCGGGCCUGACGCUCGGGUGCGGGCGUGGCAUGCUGACGCAGUGGCUCGGCCUCUCUUGCGACAGGCUGCGCGGGGUCGAGUUCGUGGACGCCGACGGCAAGAGGCAGCUCGCGUCCAAGGACGUGAACCCAGACAUGCUCUACAUGGCCAAGGGCGGCGGAGGCAACUUCCCGGGCAUCGUCACCAAGUUCGAGUUCGACACGGACCCGGUCCCGU